AUGCAAGGUGGUUGGAAAGGUCCAUUCGGUAAACCAUCAGUGUGUCCAAGUUGGGAUUACGAAUAUGCCCAAUGUUUUGUCACUCACAAGCAAGCCUUCAUUUCGUUGGCGUCUGCUUUAGCCGGAAUCAUAAUUUUUUCAAUCUUGCUGUGUUUCUGCUGUUGUCUAUGCAGAUGCUGUAGAUUUAGAAGUAGUGACGAGGAGAGGGUUCCUCUCAUCGGUGGUGAUUCCUUGGCCACAAAUCACUUCCGUCGUGCCUCAUAUUACAACUACAAUCGAAAUCCCUUUGAAAGGAAGGGUAGGACUUUGAGCAAUGGGACAUCGAGUAGUACAAUGCAGUACGGUCGUAAUUGGCGAAAUGGUACGGAUGAAUUCGCAUAUGGAUAUGGUGGGCAUACCACGCCUUCCAUGCUGUGGGUCAAUGAUAAUCCUAGUUUGAACACAGAUUAUUCGAUGGGAUCACAUAAUAAUAGUCUCGGUAAUGGUGAAUGGCGUCGCUGGGAGAAAAAACGGGAAGAAUUACUAGCCAGAUAUGCUAAAAGCAGUAAUGAAGGUUGUUAA